CAAAACGUAACGGAACAACGAGAGGUUUUCCCGAGGAUUUUUAAAGCUAGUCGGCUCGCUAGCUGACGGCAAACCAGGCAUGGACGACAAGUCAUUCACCAAGGAGUUGGACGGAUGGAUUGAACAACUGAAUGAGUGCAAACAGCUCACAGAGAAUCAGGUCAAAGUCCUAUGCGAAAAGGCCAAGGAGAUCCUGACGAAGGAGUCCAAUGUGCAGGAGGUGAGAUGUCCAGUGACAGUCUGCGGAGAUGUCCACGGUCAGUUUCAUGACCUAAUGGAGCUGUUUAAGAUCGGAGGGAAGUCCCCAGACACUAACUACCUCUUCAUGGGAGACUAUGUUGACAGAGGCUAUUAUUCUGUGGAGACAGUUACACUCCUGGUUUCUCUGAAGGUAAGGUUUCGUGAAAGAAUCACAAUUCUCAGAGGGAACCAUGAGAGCAGACAGAUCACACAAGUGUACGGCUUCUACGACGAGUGCUUGAGGAAAUACGGAAAUGCCAAUGUUUGGAAGUACUUCACAGAUUUGUUUGACUACUUGCCCCUCACUGCACUAGUAGAUAACCAGAUUUUCUGCCUCCAUGGAGGAUUAUCCCCUUCUAUAGACACACUGGAACAUAUCAGAGCGCUGGAUCGCUUGCAGGAGGUUCCUCAUGAGGGUCCCAUGUGUGACUUGUUAUGGUCAGACCCAGAUGACCGUGGUGGCUGGGGCAUCUCUCCCCGUGGUGCUGGUUACACCUUCGGGCAGGACAUUUCUGAGACUUUCAACCACGCAAAUGGCCUAACCUUGGUCUCAAGAGCCCACCAGCUGGUGAUGGAGGGUUAUAAUUGGUGCCACGACCGCAAUGUAGUGACAAUCUUCAGCGCACCAAACUAUUGUUAUCGGUGUGGAAACCAGGCAGCAAUCAUGGAACUUGAUGACACAUUGAAGUACUCCUUCCUACAGUUUGACCCCGCACCACGCAGAGGAGAACCCCAUGUGACGCGGCGUACUCCAGACUAUUUCCUGUAAAGAUCACGGGGGAAGAUGGCCACAGGCUUGAGAAAAGAAGCAUUCAUUAUCCCAUGGACCAAAAAAAAAAAAUGUGUGCCAUAAUCACAAUGAAAUGGAAACUAUCAUAUCCAGCUAAAGACCACCAUCUUUUCAACUUUUUCCUCUCUGUGCAUGAUGUUUUUAUUGCUAGAAAUGAUUGCUACUAUGAAAAUUACCGUCACAAUACCUGCUGGUUUGUCAGGAAAAACGAAUGAACUAAUGCUGAGAAUAACAACUAAAUGUAAGUAAUCUUUGUGUUAGGGUGUUAAUGAUGACCAGAGUGUGUUGCCGUAUACGGUAUAUAAGCUGCAUCUUUCACUUGGCAUGGCCUCAAAUCAAAGGUUGCAGUAAAUAUAAUGUGAACUCUUUUCUUUUUGUAACUGAAGCGCAACGGUUUAUUUUGUGAAGUGAGAUGAUAGGGUUAGAUGUCGGAAGUGGAUGUGUUCUCUUUGCACUUUUGUAUUUGAUUUUUAUCACAUGGCACUAACAGAGUACGUUCUUUUUUAUACCCUGUUAUAGUGUAAGUAGCUCUCUUUCUGCUCUGCUGUCUCUUACAAGAGUUAGUGUAAUUCAUUUAAGUAGGCAAUAUUGGUACAAAUAACAUCAGUUGUAAAAAGAAAAACUAAGUAAAUGUU